AACGGAAAGUGAAAAAUGCAUAACUUUGACUCGCUAAGUAAAAGGUUCUGUUAAUGAGGUUUUGUACCUCUGUAUUAAAAACCGCAGCAGUGUGGAGGAAGGUGUUGCAGAUCUCAUGCAUGCCGUCAGUGUCGCAGGUCGAAUUCUCCAGACAUGCGAAAGCUGCGCAGCCCACCUGCAGAGCUCCGUUCAGACAGCGGGCAACCUCAGCUGGAGGAAGAAGGAAAAGUUUUUGGGAGGUCCCAGUUUACAGAUACUGACAUGGACUAUGAGAGGCCUAAUGUCGAGACCAUUAAAUGUGUGGUGGUGGGGGACAAUGCUGUGGGCAAAACGCGUUUGAUCUGUGCUCGCGCGUGUAACGCCACUCUUACACAGUACCAGCUACUGGCCACGCAUGUGCCCACUGUCUGGGCCAUUGACCAGUACAGAGUCUGUCAAGAGGUUCUGGAACGUUCCAGAGAUGUCGUGGAUGAUGUCAGCGUGUCUCUUCGAUUAUGGGACACCUUCGGCGACCACCACAAAGACCGCCGCUUCGCUUAUGGCAGGUCAGACGUGGUGGUCCUGUGCUUCUCCAUCGCCAACCCCAAUUCUCUGUUACAUGUAACCAUGUGGUACCCGGAGAUCAAGCACUUCUGCCCUCGUGCUCCGGUCAUCCUGGUGGGCUGCCAGUUAGACCUGCGUUACGCUGACCUGGAUGCUGUUAAUAGGGCACGGAGACCUCUUGCCAGACCCAUCAAAGCGAACGAGAUUCUUCCUCCUGAGAACGGUCGUGAGGUGGCCAAAGAGUUGGGGGUGCCGUACUACGAGACCAGCGUGGUGGCUCAGUUUGGAGUGAAGGAUGUGUUUGACAAUGCCAUCCGCGCAGCUCUCAUCUCACGGCGCCACCUGCAGUUCUGGAAGUCUCAUUUGCGCGAUGUCCAACGGCCCCUUUUGCAGGCACCUUUUCUGCCUCCCAAACCUCCUGCGCCCGUUAUAGUCAUCCCUCCGCCCCCUUCCACCACUGAGGAGCACCCGGGCCGGCUGCUGGAGGAGCCGCUGUGUGCGGAUGUGGUUCUGGUCCUCCAGGAGAACCAGCGAGUCUUUGCUCAUAAGGUCUACCUCGCCACAUCCUCCUCGAAAUUCUACGACCUUUUCCUCCAGGAUGUGAAAGCCGAGGCUGACUGUAAGUUACCCACGGGACGGGAGCCUCCUGCACGGGCGGCCAGCUUUGACAUGUGUGAGAGCAGUGAUGAAGAAAGCAGGGUCAACCUCAGGCCCUGCAUCAGUGACGGGACCCUGAUCUCCGCAGACUCCGGUGGGACCCUGGAGGGUGGACGCGGGGGCCGGCUUUUGUCUUCUUUGGGUCGGGCUUUCGUCAGCAUCAGGAGAGAAACCGUCCAGGAUCCCGUCACGUUCAUCUCCCGGCUGAUGACGGUGGUGGACAUGGACCCCUCUGUGCUGCUCGGGCCGUUUCGGGUGGUCAUGCGUUACCUUUACACGGGGCAGCUGGACGAACACGAGAAGGACCUGAUGCACAUCGCACACAUCGCUGAGCUGCUGGAGGUGUUUGACUUGCGCAUGAUGGUUGCAAACAUCCUCAACAAUGAGGCCUUUAUGAAUCAGGAGAUCACGAAGGCUUUCCAUGUGCGACGGACCAAUCGGGUGAAGGAAUGCUUGGCCAAAGGAACUUUCUCAGAUGUGGUGUUUAAACUGGAUGAUGGUCCCGUUCAGGCCCAUAAACCCCUGCUCAUCUCCAGCUGUGAUUGGAUGGCAGCCAUGUUCGGUGGGCCUUUUGUCGAGAGCUGUACUAAAGAGGUAUUGUUCCCAAACACGACUCGUAGUAGUAUGCAGGCGGUGCUGGAAUAUCUCUACACGGGACGCUUCUGCUCCAGACCUGACCUGGAUGCCAUGGAGCUCAUUAUCUUGGCUAAUCGCCUCUGCCUGCCUCACCUGGUUGCCCUCACAGAACUCCAUACUGUGACUGUUCUGACGGAGGCCGCCGCCAUGGGCACGGACAUUGACGGAGAUGUGCUGGUGUAUCUGGAGAUGGCUCAGUUCCACUGUGCCUACCAGCUCACCGAAUGGUGCCUUCACCACAUCUGCACCAACUACAACAACGUGUGCCGCAAAUUCCCCAGAGACAUGAGGGCCAAAUCAGCAGAGAACCAAGAAUACUUUGAGAAGCACCGCUGGCCUCCGGUCUGGUACCUGAAGGAGGACGACCACUACCAGAGAGCUCGGAAAGAGCGGGAAAAAGAGGACUACCUCUCCCAAAAACGGCAAAACAAGCGUAAAUGGGUGCUGUGGAAUCUUCCACCCUCCCCUUCGAACCCCUCUUCAUCUUCUUCAUCGUCCUCAUCCUCGGGCUCCUCUGCUAUCAUCUGAAGAGACGAGGAUGAAACCGUAGAGAUGGAGAAACUGUGAGGUGCAGUGAACACAUCCAACAAUUUUUCCGUUUUUUUCUGGUUUCAGAUCAACUUCUCAUCAGUCGUGCUUUGAAGUUCUUGGUGCUUGAAGUCCUGCACUUGGAAGUGUACAGGCAUCGCAUAUGACACGGCCAGCAAGCAGGUCCAGAUGUAAACUGUUUACCGACUGUGACUGUAGUCGUUCGGUUUUUAAGUAAAACAGGUAGGCGUUUUAAAACAAACAGUGAUGAAAACUUGCUGUGAUUUUGUGAUGUAGAUCAGUGGCUCUCAACUGAUUUUGCUUCACAACUUUAGACAUCAAAUGGUGAAUCAAAAAUUGUUUAUCGUAAAAAAUUUAUUGAAUUGAACACUGUGGUUGUAUAUUAUUUCUAUACUACUAUAGUAUUCAUCAACAUUUUGAUUCAGCCUUAAUUUUUAUAUUUUUAUUUUCAUUUUCAUUUUAGUAAAUUUGUGAUUUUUGCCUUUUUUGAUAUUUAAAAAGUAUUUUUAGAUUCAAUUUAUUUUUAGUUUGCAAUGUAACAUUUCUACAUUUUACCUUUUUUUUUUUUUUUUUUUCAACAAGUCUGACAUCAAAAGAGAUUUCUUAUAUAUUUAAAAUAUUAAUAUUUCAGCUGUUUCGCUAUGCUAAAUCUUUAGCUAAUAAAUAGUUUUUUUUUUUUUCAUUGAUCCACUAACUGAGAACUACUGAUCUAAAACCAUUUAGCCUCAAAAGCAGAACUGUGGGAAAACUGAAGAGUCACCCAAAGAACAAAACUAAACCAGUCUGUACAGAUCGCUGUGCAUUUUUAGCCUAUAAUAAUAUUCUUGAUUUUUAGCAUUGUACCUACAAUGACUCUUUGUGAUUCAUCCCCUGAAUCAUAUCACAUAUAUUCUCCUGAUUAUAACAGGCAUGACCGUCAGGUGAUCACUAGACUCUAGUGCUGAACUUAUAUCAGAAAAUGUGAGUUCACCUCAAUUGUGCCUAGUCAUGUUAUUCAGAGACGUCAUGGCGAGAUUCUGCUGGCAGAGUCUUUCUGUAUGAAAUCCUCAUUAGAUGGUCAUCAAGUGCACGUUUUUCACACUACAGCGUAGUUUGGAUAUUGAAUCCAGUGGCAAAACAUUGACACAUUUAGUAAAGGCAGAACCUUUCUUGAAUUCCAUGCAAAUGAAGGGAUAGUUCAUGCAAAAGUGAACAUUUUGUCAGAUCUAUCUAUCUGUCUAUCUAUCUAUGCGUGUGUGUAUAUAUAAUCAAGAUAUUCUUAGCAAAACAGAAGAAUAAAAACGUUUAUUUGCACAUGA